AUGAACACCCGGAUAACAAGAAGCUUCCACAUCCCUCCAGCUUCUCUUCAAUCCAUCCCUUACUUUAUGCUAAUCUUUGUUGUCCCUCUUUACGAAACUGUUUUUGUACCAAUUGCAAGAAAAUUCACAGGAAGGGACUCGGGAAUCACACCUCUUCAAAGGGUUGGCGUGGGGCUGUUUGUUGCCACUUUCUCUAUGGUUUCAGCUGCAAUGGUUGAGAAAAAGAGAAGAAACAGGGCUUUACAUUUUAAUGAAACUCUCUCCAUCUUUUGGAUUGCCCCACAGUUUCUCAUCUUUGGCCUGUCUGAGAUGUUCACUGCUGUGGGGCUGAUUGAGUUUUUCUACAAGCAAUCCGUGGAAGGGAUGCAAUCCUUUCUUACUGCCAUGACUUACUGCUCAUACUCUUUCGGCUUCUAUUUGAGCUCCCUCCUUGUUUCCUUUGUCAACAAAAUUACCUCAAAAUCUUCUGGUGGCUGGCUUAGUGACAAUGACCUCAACAAGGAUAGAUUGGAUCUUUUUUAUUGGGUUUUAGCUGUCCUCAGCCUCAUCAACUUCUUCAGUUAUCUUUUCUUGUCUAAAUGGUACUUCUAUAACCCAUUGGUAUCACCCACUCCACAACCAGAUCAUCAGUCAUAUGGACAAGAAGACCCAGAAAACAAAAGGUUCAACCCCUCCAAGCAAGAUGAAGCUGAUAAUAUUUUACCUUGA